AUGCCGGCAAGUCUCGUUAGCUGCGCCGCCUGUUUGCGUCGUGCCGUGCAAGCUUCGUCUCGCAACAGACCCCUCGCUGGCAUCCUCCCCGUUCUUCCGCAGACCGGCAGACCCUAUGCUUCAGUUGCCACCCCAAGCACCGAACGAACCGAAGCCCCUCGGGCUCUUGUUCUAGAGCCCGUCGAUUCAGAUGUCUCCAAGAAAAAAGACUUUGAGCGGCUGCAGCGCAUUGUCAAGAAGGAGCUGCAGCACAUGGACGAUCCUUGGAAGAUUGCCCAGUAUGUUGAAAGAGCUCUCUCCCGUGACAGGUUUGACGAAGCCUUGCUUCUCACCAAGACUGCUGGCAAAGACUGCCAAGUUGUUGUUGCUUGGAACCACCUCAUCAACUAUCUGCUGGGCAAGCAGCAGCUGAAUAACGCCAUCAAGCUCUACAACGAUAUGAAGAAAAGAGGGCAGCUACCCAAUGUGCAGACCUUUACAAUCAUCUUCCGCGGAUGUGCCCAGUCGCAGCACCCAAAGCUUGCCGUCGCCGAGGCUGUCAAGCACUACAACAUUCUCCUCAGCGACAAACGCCUGCAGCCCAACUCGAUCCACAUGAACGCCGUUCUCAAUGUUUGCGCGAGAGCCGGCGACCUGGACUCCAUGUUCCUCAUAGCCGAUACAGCCAACGAGUCCACUCGCGCCCCCACGCCUUACACGUACACCACCAUCUUGAAUGCUUUGCGACAUCAAGCACUCCUGACUGUGGACGACAUCACUCCAGAGCAGCAGGCCACCAACACGCAAAAGGCCAUUGAUCGCGCAAAAAUCAUCUGGCUUGAAGUCAUUGACAAAUGGAGAAAGGCCCAGCUGGUCAUAGACGAAGAGCUGGUGUGCUCCAUGGGCCGUGUCCUACUCCUUGCCCCCACUAAGGAGCAGAAGAAGGAGGUGCUCGACUUGCUAUACCAGACCAUGAGCAUACCCAACUUGGCCAAGGAUGCUGGCAUGGACGCAUUCCAAGAUUCUCAGAUGGAAAAGAUUGCUGUUACGGGCGCCCCGAAGAAGGUGCCCUCAACCAGAGCUGUCUAUGCUGUCCCCGGCCGCAAUACCCUGGCCCUGGUCCUCACAGCCCUGGCCUCGUCAAAGCUCACAACGUGCGGUAUCAAGUACUGGAACCUCCUGGUCCGUUACUAUGGUGUCCUACCGGACAACGACAACUGGCUGCGCAUGUUUGGCAUGCUCAAAGUUGCCAAGGCAAGCGGCCACGCCUCGUCCAUCUUGAGCCUGAUGCCCGACGAAUACAUUGAUGCGAAGCACUACCGCAUCGCCAUGGAAACCUGUGUCCGCGAUAACAUCAACCCCAAUGCCAUUGAUAACUCGAGUCGAGUGCUUGAUUCCAUGCUGGAGCGCCUCCCCGUUCCAGACUUGCACACCCUUCGUCUGUAUUUGCGGGUUGCGCUGGUCAGCCAUUUUCAGUUCCGCGAAAGACUCAAAGAGGGCGACGAGGAAGAGGUAGAAAAAGCCAAGCGUGACUAUGGCUUGCAAAUCACAACUGCCCUUGCCCAUCUCUGGGAACCUUACAAGAAAGUUCACUAUCACUUCUUCAAGGAGAAGCCAAAGGGCAAGGAUGCUAGCACAGGGGCGCUAUAUAACAGCCAGCGCGAGGUCAUUGCCUUGGCUCGUCACAUGUUUAGCGCUUUCAACAAGGUCAUCAACGAAAAGAUGCUUGACGAGAAGGACGAAAAGGACAUUCGAGUGGUCGGUGCGAAAAUAAACCGCGAGAUUCAAAAGUUUUUCUCGGGUCGUGAGGACAGGGAGCCCAACCUGCGCAAGUCUGGCCGAGAAGACACGGCUGAAGAGUAUGAAGGGGGCAGUGGGGAGGACAGGUGGAAGAAGAAAGGCGACCAAGGAGGUCGUGGAAAGGGGAAGAAGAAGAGCGACCAAGGAGGUCAUGGAAAGGAGAUGAAGAAAGACGUCCUAGGAGGUCGUGGGGAUCGGAAGAAGAAAGACGUCCUAGGAGAUCAUGGGGAGUAG